GCGAGCCGAGCAGGCGGUGCUGCCGCCCGCUGCCGCUCGCCCCGCCGCGGCCGCCCCUGCUCGCAGCGCCCCUCUGAUCCAUGGCUGUCUGUCUGUACUUGUUACGGUGUAACAUCCUCCUCCUCCUCCUCCUCCUCCUCCUCUUCGGGAGCCGCUGCAACUUCCCCUCAGCCAGCCUCCUCCUUUGCUUGGGGACUGGAAAGGCAUGGGAUAGACCCAGAGCCACUUCUGUCUGUCUCCCCUCCCGCCCUCGCUCAGUUUCGCCCCUUUAAAUUAAAGUCCGUUCCUCGCUCCUCGCCGUUUUAAGAGAUUUAUUUGACAGUCUGUUAUUUCUUUCCCCCGGUUUUCUUUUCCCUCCGCGGGGUAGGGGUCAUAAAGGACCAGGGGUGGGCUUAUUUUAGGGAGGGGGGGCGCUCCAGCACCCCACCCCCUCCGUUUCUUCUCCCUCUUCCUCGGCCGUGACUCGAUUUCCCCUGCUGCUCCCUCCCGUGGAACUCACCGUCCUGUCCUGAGUGACGCACCGACACCCCCCUCCCACAGCCCAGACGUCCCCUCCCUCGCUGCCACCCCGACCCGCCUCGGAGCUGGACCGGGAGCCUACUUCUUCGCAGAAGGAUAUAUGUUGGGUAAAGGAGGAAAACGGAAGUUUGAUGAGCAUGAAGAUGGGCUGGAAGGCAAAAUCGUGUCUCCCUCUGACGGUCCAUCCAAGGUGUCUUACACCUUACAGCGCCAGACUAUCUUCAACAUUUCCCUUAUGAAACUCUAUAACCACAGGCCCCUGACAGAGCCCAGCUUGCAGAAGACUGUUUUAAUUAACAACAUGUUGAGGCGGAUCCAGGAGGAACUCAAGCAGGAAGGCAGCCUGAGGCCUGUGUUCACCCCAUCCUCCCAGUCCAGCGACUCACUGAGCGACAGCUAUCGGGAGGCCCCACCCGCCUUCAGCCACCUUGUGUCCUCUUCUGCUCACCCCUGUGAUCUCGGAAGCACUACGCCCCUGGAGGCCUGCCUCACCCCUGCCUCACUGCUCGAGGAUGACGAUGACACUUUUUGCACUUCUCAGGCUGUACAGCCCGCAGCUCCUGCCAGACUCUCCCCUGCAGCCCUCCCUCCAGAAAAGGACAGCUUCUCAUCUGCCUUGGAUGAGAUCGAGGAGCUCUGUCCCACAUCUACCUCCACAGAGGCCGCAACAGCAGCAGCAGCAGCGGCUGACAGCUUGAAAGGGACCUCUAGUGAGUCCAGCAUCCAGAAACCUGAGGGGCCCCAGGAGAGCCGCACAGACGACCCAAAACUGAUGGACUCUCUGCCUGGGAAUUUUGAAAUAACAACAUCCACAGGCUUCCUAACAGACUUGACCCUGGACGACAUCCUCUUCGCCGACAUUGACACCUCCAUGUAUGAUUUUGACCCCUGCACAUCCACAUCUGGGACAGCUUCGAAAAUGGCCCCUGUGUCUGCUGAUGACCUCCUCAAGACUCUGGCUCCUUACAGCAGUCAACCUGUCACCCCGAGUCAGCCUUUCAAGAUGGACCUCACAGAGCUGGACCACAUCAUGGAGGUGCUUGUUGGGUCCUAAGGCCUCCGGGACCCGGCAGUUGUGCCUGCCCAGACCCUGUGAGCAUCCCUGCAACCUUGAUGAUUCUCCACACUGUGCAUGCGCCCUUGCUUGCCUUUUGCAGAGAAAAAGAAAAUUUUACAAAAGGAUCACACUAGUUUUUGCUUUGAGCAGAGUUGGAGUGCCUUCAUCCACGUAUGACCACUUUUAAUGUCUUUUUGAGUGGUUCCUCAGAGACCUACUACCCUGGGAUAGGGAAUACAUUUGAAGACAAUAUUGCUGACGUUGAGUGACAGGCAGUGUAUGGGAAGCACAAGGAUUAAGGUGGAAAGCUGUAAAUUGCAUGUGCAUACUUGUCUAUUUUUUCUAUGAGUUUUAUUGCAAGAGGCAAAAGAGAAAAUAUAUAUAUUAUUUAGAUAAUCUCAGUACCUUUUCUGGCAUUUUCGCCCUGUAUAGGUUGACUUGGCAAUUCAGCCUUUUUAGAGGCAUUAACUACUCCUCGUAAGUGUUGCAUUUACAUGGCUGUUUAGAAAACUGCUGCCCAAAUUUAUUUUAUAUUUUUGUACAGAUUCUGCAGUUUAUGAUAUUGUUUUUCUAAAAACAAAUGCUGUUUAUACAUAUGAGAUAGCUAUUUUGAUAGGAUUUGCUCACAUAGUUCCUGCAAACUUCAGAUGUACAAGUAGCACUUGUACUUUUAUAGAGUUGUAAUGUUUUAUAUGUGUAUGGUGCAAGAGAAAAUUGGAUCAAAUCAAUCUGCAGUUGAUGUCCCCAGAUGCAAACACACCACCACACACACUCACUCAGCUCUUUAAGAAAGGGCCAGGUGAUAUCACACCCAAACUUUACAAGCACUGGCUUGGUGGCACAGACGCCCGCCAGUACUGUGACUUCCAGAGCCUGAGCUGGUCUGCUCAUCCUUGGUGGGAUGGCAUUGACUGGGCUGUGCAUUGAAGUGGUGGUCUCCUUAGCCCCCUCUUUUGAGGGGAAGGCUAUCAUCUUACUUUAAGGAUGUUUUUAUGCCAAGUUUGCUCUUUUAAUUGUUUUUAUUUUUUUUAAGUGAAAACUCAGAUCUUUCCUUUUUUGGCAUAAUUUUUAUGAUGAACCCAAAAUUUUACAUAACAAAAUUUUAUGAAAAGCAACCACGCUCUUCAUGGAGCUGAGCCCAGUUGCAAUGCUUAGGGCUCGUAAAGAAGAAAUUCUCAGAAGGCAUCCAUCAUGUUGCUAGAUUGCCUUUUCCAUUGCCCCUUCCCUAGACCUUUUUUUUGUUCCCUCUGUUGCUAAGAGCAGCACAUGGCAUCUUCAUGACCUCCACAGUGAGCUCGGCUCACCUUGGCUGCCGGCCUGGGAUGCACUCUUCCAACAACUGACUCUAGAACCUGGAGUCUGUCACCUUACUUCACAGCGUCCAGUCUGGUUGCUUUCUUUAAUCAACUGCUAAUUUAACUAUACUUUACAAGGCUGUUAUACCCAAAUACACAGACAGGAAUUUCUAUGCAUGUUUUGCCUCCUCACCCCUAGGACCCCUUUAAGAAGUAGCUUUUUAUUCCCAGUGGUGUAUAUUUAAUUUUAAAACAUUUUGCAAUGUAUCGUGCUUGUCGCCGAGAUUGUUUAUAGCCUUUCUGUUUUUUUCUUUCUUUCAAUGGUACUUUAGCUGUUGAGUGCAGGUUACAACCUAUAUUGUUAUGCAGAUGGCUUCUUUAGGAAUAACUUUUAUAUUUAUUUAAAAAUUUUUAAAUUAUGGGAUUUUGUUUUUUGUUGUUGUUGUUGUCUUUGUUGUUGGUCAUUUGUCAAUAUUCAGUCACCAGUUCUGCUCACUUCUUGCCAUGGAUAAAACUGGGUCUUUCUGGCCCGUUAAAAAAGACAACUUUAUAAAUGGCACUUUAAACAAGCCAUACAUAGUUUUAUUUUUAUAAUGCACAUGGCAAAGCAAAUAUGUUUGUGAUGAAGGAGCUGCUCAUCUAAGAUUUGUGUAUGAUGAGGCUGUCUUUCUGCAUUCUAGUUUACUUUCCCACUCAAUGUGUUCUAAAGGCUAAUUAUCAGCUCCCUAGAGCAGUGAGAAACUGAUCAAAUUGCACUCAUUCUCCUACAAGCAACCUCCACACAGACACUGUAGCUGUGUCAUUUCCUUUGAUACAGGACCAGGGACCAUGUGACUAAGGUGAGGGUUGUUGAAGGUGCUUCCAUGUCACUGUGCCUGUCCAUUUUAAGAGCUUCCCUUUCUUGUAGAGAAACAAGUCAGCCCAGAAUCCAUGCGUUUUAGAACGGAAGGACCCUGUGAACUGGCCACACGCUGCACUCUUCUUCAUACGUACUUACAAUAGUGUUGAUUAUUCCGAACAAUAAUGGGGUAGAAAGCAGUUGAUUUGCCAUUGUCAAAAACUGAUUUACAGUAAGUUAGAACAACUGUACUUUCGUUGGAUUAGCAAAUCGUGUGUUUAAACAAAUCCCAUAUGUUGGGCAACAGUUCAAAUAAGCAGAGAAGUGUUGCCCGAACUUGGUUCUCUGACUCUAGUGUAUUUGUAAGGCUGGGCUUCAAAAUUAAAACAAAAACCCCCAACAACAGCAGGCCAGUGCUCUUCAACUCUGACACUCCUGCUGAAAUUCUUAAUGCUCAAAGUCUAACAAGAUAUACAUGGGAAGCUAAUGGCCCAUUUUCAGAAAGAGCAAAGCCAUCAAGAGAUCAAAGUGUCUGUGUCCUAUUUUUACUAAGUGAUGUCCCAACAGAGAAGAGUAGGAGCCGGAGUGGGAUCUCCGAGUCCCCAUUGGAGUGUGGGAUGUGCUUCCAGAUGCCUCUUGGCAGCAGUGCCUCCCUUUAUAAAGAUAUCCUGUGGCACCCAGAGCAAGGCAGGCAGCUUGAGGUGCCUUUUAUAAGAAAGACAUG